AUGCCUACAAUUCCAAAGGGCAGGCAGCCUGCGUGUGCCCGCACCCAGCGCCGCCUGCGGCAAGCUCCCGGGGCUUCUCAUCGAGGCUUACUGGAGGAGGCUGGGGCUGCAGACCAGCCGGGGGGCGUGGCCUCCAGGGACACGCCCACCGCCCUCGCACUGACUGGCCGCUGGGGGAGGCGUGCAGUCUGCGUCCCGCUCAGACAGCCCUUUGGGGGCACGCAGCAGAGCGAGGAGGAGGCCACCAGGGAGGAGGAGGAGGCGCUGGUGGUGGAGGACGACAUGAUGGCGGAAGUGGCAGUGGUGGCCGAGGAGGAAGCCGAUGUGGAGCGGGAGCAGCGGGACAAACGGGCACAGCCGGGGCCUGGGCCCAUGACGCCAGAGUCUGCACUGGAGGAGCUGCUGGCCGUUCAGGUGGAGCUGGAGCCUGUUAAUGCUCGAGCCAGGAGGGCCUUUUCUCAGCAGAGGGAAAAGUUGGAGCGCAGGCGCAAGCCCCACCUGGACCGCAGAGGCGCCAUCAUCCGGGGCAUCCCCGGCUUCUGGGCCAAUGUCAUUGCGAACCACCCCCAGAUGUCAGCCCUGAUCACUGACAAAGAUGAAGACAUGCUUAGCUACAUGAUCAACUUGGAGGUGAAAGAAACAAAGCAUCCUGUUCAUGUCUGCAAGAUCAUGUUGUUCUUUCGGAGCAACCCCUACUUCCGGAAUAAAGUGGUUACCAAGGAGUAUCUGGUGAACCUCACAGAAUACAGGCCCUCUCAUUCCACUCCAAUUCAGUGGUAUCAGCGUUAUGAACGUGAGGCCUAUCGCCGCAGACACCACAACAGCAGCCCUAACUUCUUCAACUGGUUUUCUGACCACAACUUCGCAGGAUCUAACAGGAUCGCUGAGAUCAUAAGUAAGGACCGGUGGUGCAAUCCCCUGCAGUACUACACAAGGAUGAAGCCACCUGAAGAGGGAACAGAGAUUUCAGAGGAAAUGCAUUUUGACAUGCAGUUGUGUUUCCCUAGGGGACUCCCAGAUUUCGGGUCGAAUAUGAUGGUGCUGCUGACUUUACCUGAAACAGCAGAACUCCUGAAAAGUUACUACAUUGUUCAGGAUGUCCGUGAAUGCAUAAUCACUUCUCUGGUGAUUUUCUGGGAUAAUCGUCCUCUGGGGUCCCAGCAACAUGAUAAGAAAUGGGCAUGUGAGGUGUAUGGAGGGACCGCUGCAGUCCUACGCAUGCACCUUGGGGCCCUGGGCCCCAGCGGGAUAAGCUAUGCCCAGCAGCCCAGAAUACACACGGUGAGGCCCUGGACUUGCGAAGCCCUGACGGCAGCCGAGCAUGCUGCUGUUGCCCGCUGGCAGGAACCUCUGGGUCGCACAGUAUCUUGCACGCGCACAGCGUGUACACAGUCCACCCAUGGGUGA